AUGAACCGCAUCGACCAUAUUGUUAUUAAUACUCAAGACCGUAUUGAUGAAGCAGUAGCUUUUUUCGAACGUAUGGGCUUCAUUAUUACACCACGCGGUUAUCAUUCUAUAGGUUCUAUUAAUAAUAUCAUCGUUUUCAAGACUGACUAUCUGGAACUGAUAGGAUAUCCAGCAGGCAAGUCAUUAGAACAACUCCCACAGUUUGUCCAGGGACCCGCAGGUUUGGCAGGUAUGGCGCUUAAAGUCGAUAAUUCUGAUCAGAUGCGCGAUGCACUCAUAGCACGUGGAUUGACACCACAACCAAUCCUCGAUCUAUCGCGACCUUUAGAUUUGGGAAAUGGCAAAAUGGCGGAUGUUAAAUUUCGAGUGACUACCUUAAAACCCAAUUCUAUCCCCGGUAGCGAUGUCUUCUACUGUCAGCAUAUUACACCGGAAUUGGUCUGGCGUCCCGAGUGGCAAGCGCAUACAAAUGGCUGUAUUAGGAUGACUCGACUUAGUAUCAAUGUGAACGAUCCAAAGGCGGCAUCCGAGUUAUAUCUUCGUGCGAUGGACGUCGUCAAGCUCGAGAACACUGAAGCAAAUACUUGUAUUAUUCACUUAUCAAAUUUUGAAAUCACACUUGUUCAUAAGACCGACAAACCUUUGGGUAUGUUCAAACUGGUGUUCGGUACUGAUUCACUUGAAAAAGUGAGUGAGGCCCUUACUCAAGGUGGGGUAGAUUUUCACAAAGAAGGUGAGCGUAUCAUCGUCGAAUCACUAUCGCACAUCAAUUGCGGACUGGAAUUCGAAUGUAUCAUAUAA